AUGACAGUCGGAAAGUUGGAAAAAAAUUAUGUUACAUUAACAGUUAGCCUUGAGGGAUGUCCUAGCGCAACCGCAUGUGCAUGUAAUUUUAAAACUGCUGCAACGACUGAAGAUAAUAGUUCAACUUCAUCUAUACCAGAUCAACAAAUAUAUGGUUCAAUAACCUCACCUUGGGCAUCUGCUCAUUCCGCAUUAACAGCCGAUGUGAAGAUUACAGGGUUAAGUUCUGGCACGCCUUACACAACUACUGCUACUUGUGCAGAUGCACAGCCGAUUGGUGACGGUGUAAUUUCAUCUCUAUAUUCCUAUACAAGCGAAGUUGAUAGGCCGAGUAAACCAGAGCAAUUACGGGUUAAACAACAAGAUGAUAAUUAUCAACUUUCAUGGAAUGCACCAAAACUACCAGGGGGAAAUCCAAAUAAUAUCACUUAUUAUGUCAGUGUUUGGACAACUGUUGAUAAAAACGGUAAUGGUGGAACAAUCGUAGACAAAGAUUACAAAACAAACUUAACAACAUAUUCAACAACGGCUAAAUUUACUUCCGGUGAAAGAUCAAGAUUUGAAAUAAAAGCUUGUCAGAUAAUGCUCACUUCGACAUUGAUCGAUAGUUUUUAUGAUCCUGUUUGUCAGUUCACAUCAGAAUAUGGUCUUCAUGAACAAUUAUCAAUAAUUUUGGCGAUUCAAUACGAUAUAACACGUCAUGUAUAA